CCACAACAAAAAAAUAAUAAAUGAAUAAAAAUUAAAUUUAAAAAAUCUUUUUAAUGGAUUUUUUCUGCUGUCGAUUAAUUUUGAAACAUCGCGCAAUGUUUAAUUGAGUUCCCACAGACACUCAUUCAUUGAGAGAACAAAAGCGGCGCCAAAACAAAAAUCGUCCUGGCCUCGGCCAAAAAAACUUGUAGGUAGAAGUGUUUUUUGUUAGCUCCGUGGUUUUUCAUUAAUUUCCUUGAUUUUGUGACGAAAACUAACAUUUCACCAUUUUGGUUCGAUUUCGGUGUUCCAGCAGACUUGGAUGCGCUGGAUUACAUCGGAGUUUCUCUUUUCAGAUCACCAUGAAGACUUUCAAGAUCACGGAGCAGCAGAAGGAGCGUUUUGUUCAGCAUUGCAGUUCAACGUAUGGACCACACUGGAUGACGAAGCAGUUUGAAGCAAUCAUAUUCAAGGAUAAGAUUGCAUUCAAAGAGCUGGGCCUCUCUAUGCAGAAGCAUCGGUUAUCUAAAAAUAUUUUGCGGAUAUCGAUGCUUCUCUCAGAUGAGCGGAAAAGGUUCGUUCUACGGAACGAGACGGAUGAGCGGAACGAAGGGAGGAUGGCAACGAUGGGAGUACCAGACGGAGGAACAGCAGCAGGAGAUGAGGCGGAUCAGCAACAGGAAACGAGCCUCGACAAUCGAAAUUUGGAUAACCAUUCAACUUUCAAGUUGAGCGGUAGUGUAACUGAGCAAACUAUGGAAGAAAACAAUCUUCCUGAGAGCUCCAAACAUGAAAUUGAAACGUGUUUGAAAGAAAAUAUUGGGUUGGAUAAUGUCAGAAACCGUAAUAUUUACAGGUACAAUUUACUGAACAGUUACUUACAACAGUUCCGGGAUUUACCUGAUUUUCAACUUUUUGACGUCCAGUCAAUUUCAAAGGAUGUCAAAAUAUUGGGUAUUGAUUUUAAAUCUUUCUUUGGAAAGGAAUGGUUGUUUGCUGGAGCAGUUGACAUUGGAAUGAAAAGUCAAUGUUCCAAGUUCCAGAUGUUUGAUUAUCUUUCACUAAACAUCUACGAAACUCGGGUUCUUUUAGGUGGCGUAAAAGGGACAGUAGAUAAGUCACUGAUUGCUAAUAUUAUCAAUCGUGACAUUGUCUUUUGUCCGAUUUUUGAAAAUAAUCAUUUCUCACUGUUUGUCAUUGAUUUUCGACAUGCAGUGUUGUAUUAUUUGGAUUCCGGGAAUAAAUCAGUUGAACAAUUGACUAAAAUUAAGGAAGAUUUACUUUGUAAAUUUAUUGCCUCACUUUCAUUUUUUGAGUUAAAUGAUAUUGGGGAUGCUAGCAAAAUUGUUUCCAAGCCAUGGACUGUGAGUGGUCUCGACAGUGAAACACAGAGUGACGGUUACAAUUGUGGGGUUUUUGUUAUUUUCAAUGUGUUCCGUGUUCUCACAUUGUAUGAAAAGGACGAAGAUAUUCGUAUGAUCAAUGCUGAUUACAGGCGUUGUGUAUACCAUUUGGAAGUAGCAGAUGCUAUUAAAUUCCAACGAAAAACUAAAAAACAUUGUAACAAUUGCUCCACUGAAGUUGAUGUUGAUGAUAACGCAGACAUUAACAUUUCAGAAUUUAUUUGCAGCGAUUGCAUGAUAAUAAUUCGAAAUGAGAACCCCAAUGCUUUUCAACAAGUUUUGAACGCGUCUUCUGAUGAUUCCGUAGUUCAAGAAAAUGACGAACCGGAUGAACAUAAAAAUAACAUUGGCGAGUAUGAUGCAUUCAAAGAUAAUGUUAACAAAAAGUCGAAUAAAUCAUAUUUGGCAGGAGUAUCAUGGGACUCGUCCAAAAAUUUGUGGAAACGCUUUACUUCCAUCAAAUUUGAUAAACAGGAUCUGGAUUUAUGUUAUAUGGAUCAAGAGGCUCAUACUGCAAAGAAGGGUAAACUGCAAAGAGGUGGUUGGUUUGAUAAGUUGUCUUACACCACUAUUCUUCGCGAUAAAAUGAACGAUUUUGACAGAAAUUGUGUGUAUUGUGUUGAAACUCAAACGCACAGUAAGUCAAGUAUUAUUAUUUAUGGAUACUGUGGUCAUUUCAGGCCAGAGAAACCAUGCCGUUUAUUCAAAUACGUGGCUUCACUUCCAUCUGUUGAUGGGAUAACAUUUGAGGUAUACGUAAAUGAAACAGAGGUAAAUCACGCUAAAAUGCUCACUGAACCUUGCAAAGGCUUAGCAAUGCAGAGGCUUAAAGAAAAAACUUUGCAGAUGCCCCCCAAGCAAAUUUUCCACUCCCAAUGUGAUGCAGUUCCUGAUUCAGUUGAAACAACAAAGAAUUGCACACAUGUUCAAUCUUUACCAUAUAUUCGUUGGGUAAAGCACAAAGCCAUGGCAGAAAACGAUUUGAACAGAGAUUCAAUUGUUGCUGCUUGCAUGAAAUUCGACAAUUCAAACGCAAAGUUUAUCAAAAGCGUUGAUGUUCGUCCAGGGAUUGGAAUUAAAAUGUACUCGGAUGCAGGACACGCUGUUGUUCACCGGGAGAUUAAAAUUAACGGUAUCAAGCCAUUAGCUCAUUAUGAUGGCACAGGUGGGUUAUUUGAGUAUUUGGAUGAAUUCCCGAAAAAGGAUAUCCAGUUGCUGCUCUUGGUAAUCAGGGUGAAAAAUUGUCCACAGGAUCUCGAUCGAAAUUCUGUAACAAUUCCCGUCUACUACCACAUAACAUCUGACCUGCAUGCGAUUACUUUGCAGAAUGGUCUGGAAUGUUUUUAUCAUUCGUAUAUGAAAAAAUAUCCGGAAGAUGGGAUACCAUUCAGAGGAGUUGUUACCGAUAACUCCAAAGGGAAUAUUCAUGCGCUUUCUAUGGUAUUUAACAAAAUGAAUCUUGGACAAUACCUGGACAGAAUGCAUUGUUUGGAGCAACAACCUCUUGAAGAUAAGAGAAAAUUGGUUCAAGAUAUAUGCCUUAUUUAUUUCUGUGAUGCUCACAUGACAAAAAAGCAGUAUAAGUUGGUUGACGAGGCAUUUAAGGGUAUUGAUAGCAAUUUGGCUAAUAUAGUGAAAAUAAUAAUUGCUAAAAUGUAUAAUAUUACAAACUAUGCCGAAUUCAAGAAAUAUUGGUAUAAUGUAUGCGUUUUUCUUUUGACUGACGAGUUUUCUAGCGAUUAUCAGCAAGCUUACUCGCAUCUUAAACUUAACAAACUUGACAUAGACAAGCUUCCUUCUGAAGACGAACUCCUUGACUCAAGUACUUACAUUGAUAAACAAAGCGAUUGUCAAUAUAAACACAGUCCAUUUUUUAAUGAUGUUACCAAAAUUCUAAGACUAGCUCAGCAAAAUGUUACUUUUGAUUCAUCUCAAUAUGAAUCAAGGUUAGCAUUUUUGGAAACAUUUUCCAAAAGGUAUUUAUAUCUAAUCCCGCUUUGGAUACCCAUUUUCAGCGAUUGUGUGAAAGAUAAUCCACAAUUAGAUAAAUCUGUCAGAAAAAGCAACGCUGCUAUUGAAGGGAAGUUUUCAGAACUUAAACAAUAUUUAGAAACCAUAAGCUUGAGAAUCGGGCGUGGGAGGAAACGCAUAAUUCGUGUCAUUGAUGAACUGGAGAAAGACCAUUUCAGCAGUGCAAAUGUUCAUAAAAAACAAAUUCCACUCUCUGGUUUACGGAAACGAGAAUUUCCGUCGUUAGAAGUUAAUUGUUCAACGCCAAAGAAAGCCAAACUUGCUGGCAAUAAACGGAGGGCAGAAACAUUUCCCACAGGCUCAUAUGAUGGUUUAGGUGAUGGGGACGAAGAUAAAAUUAAUGAUUUUUUGUUUGUCGAGGACACAUUUAAGCGUCGUAGGAAAACUGCAUAUUCAGAAAUGCAAGACACCAAGCUCGCUUCGACACACAAAACGCUUUUCGACAUUCCGUUUCCUUCUAGGCCUCCAAAAAUGGAAGUAAAGGAAUGUAUUCAAACAGUCCAUAAAAGUUGCUCGGGUACUGAAGAUGAAGCUUCUUCUAUCAAGGACAUUUCUCUUGAUGGAGCUACUCUUAAAAGAGAAAAUGUUUUUUAUGUCAACAGGGCAUUUAAAGAUCCACAAUAUUAUUCAAAUUUGAACGAUGAUGUCACACUUUCUGUUCAAAUUGAUUUUGUUGGAAAUACGAGGUUCAUUCCCAUAUUAGUAAAGGACUUCAAAACAUUGAUGAAUAAUAAUUGGCUUUCGGAUAGCAUUAUAGACACAGCGUUAAUGUUGAUUGUUAGGCAAUUUAAUAACUUGGAUAUUAUUUCUUUAUCUGUUCAUGAUUCUUGCAAAUUGUUUAUGGACAGUAUUGAGAAGGUAAAUAUGGGAAAAUUACACAAAUUUAUCGAAAAUGUGUUAAGUCAUGAUAUUAUUCUAGUUCCAAUGAUGAAUGACGAAAGGAAUCAUUAUUUGUUAGUAAUAAUUGACCUGCAAAAUAAAAAAUUCUUUUAUUUCAACUCUGGAGCUGUACUAAAUGAGUUGAAAUUGCGCAGUCUUCUGAGUAGCUUUAAACAAUGCAUGAACUUUUAUUCCAGUAAUGGGUUUAUAAAUAUCGAUAAAACAAAAUGGAAAUCUGGUGGGUGGAAAAUUGAACAACCUGAAAUUCCAAAACAAAAGGAUAAUCAUAGUUGUGGCAUUUUUGUAAUACAUUACGCGGAACAGUUCUUGAAAUUUCUAAGUGAAGAAUUUACUUCACAUAUGGAUUUCACAUGCAGUAGCAUAGAUCCCCAGUUCAAACGCGUCGAAAUACAGCGCAGUAUACUGCAAAACUUAUUUAUUGAUACCAGUAGAUGCCCAAUUUGCAACAGGGGAGAUGAUAUCUCUAUUCCAAUGCACUAUUGUGAAUUUUGCAACCGAUGGAUUCAUUAUAUUUGUGAUGGACGUGAAGAAAUUAAAAGUAGCUUGCCGAAAGAGCGUGAUUAUAUUUGUAAAACAUGCAGUGUAUUUUUCAAGGGACAUACAUUUGGAAAGAAAAUUCAUCAUGAAGACAGAAUUAUAACCAUUUAAAAUAGGUUACGAAAGUAGGACACUUUGUUGGUGAUUCUGCUGGGUAUUUCGUGCUCACAAACGGGGAAAUUUUGUUAGGAAUGUGGGUAAUUUUAUAAGAAAUGUGGAAAUUUUUUGUAUAUAUUUCACACUUCAUACACUAUGGUGCAUUAGGGUU